AGUUUUAACUCUUAAAAAAAUAAUUAUAAUUAUUUUUUAAAAAAAAACUAAUACAGUUAAUUAUUUAUUUUUUCAAAAAAAAUAUUUAUUAAUUAAUUAAUUAACCACGAUGAAAUCUACUGUUAGUGCUAUAUUACUAUUGUGUACAUUUGCGUGUGCAUCGGCACAGUUUGGUCCUAUUUUCCCGAACCUACAGCUACCAGGUCUACCGUUYCCUAGAUUUCCAAURUUUGGCCACAACCACCACCACCACCACCASCARCAGCAGCCCCCUCAUCAUCAUCAUCAACACGAUAAGGAUUGUGACCAUUUACCGGCCGAAAGUGGACAGUUUACUGCCGAAAAUGUCCGGCGUAUGCCAUUAGCUGAACCGGCCAUAAAUUUAAAUUUUACGGCCACUCAGACGACCAAUAUGACUGUCUUCAAGAAUAUUGUCUGCACUGGCGGUCCCAUCAAACGUAUAACACUGGACUCGACUUUCCCCAGUGAAGUCACAUGCAAUGGUUACGAUGCAUGGGUUAGCCCGUGGACCUAUCAAGUGGUUACUGUCGAUAACCGUCGAGAAAAUCUGACAAUUGCUAACUUUUCACAAUAUUAUACUUUUCUGAAUGGCAAUCAGUAUGAAGUCAAUUACGGUGAGAUCAGUGAGGGUCGGUGUAAGGGAGACAUGUUUUUCUCGGUCAAUGCCUAUGUGGCCGACCAGCAGCUCGGGUGUAGCGGUACGGGUCUGAAGUCGGCAUCAAUUGACUACAUUAAUGCCCACAUCUAUGGCUCAAACUGUGCCUCAAACUGUCAAUUGGAUAGUAAAGUCAAAUCGUUUUUCCGUUACGACCCACCCAUACAUAACUGAUUAAUUAAUUAUAAAUUGAUUAAUAAUUUUCUUACUCUGAAACAUAUUUAAAGUUUUG